GUUGGGUAAUGGAGCCCAAAAGGGCGCGCGCAGAAGUGACGCCGGCGUUUGCAAUGACGUAUUGCUCGAAAACAUCCGUCCCUCCGUACUUCUCAUGGGCGGUUUGUGUAAAACACACGCAGAGCCACAUGUGCGAGGAAACAAAGGCAAAGCGAGCGGUGGAGGCGGUCGCUGUAAGAACAGCGCUCCCCGAGCUAUAAUUAGCGGUGUAAUCCUCUAAUGAGGUACUGCAAUGGCUGCAGGAGUUUUGCUGCAAAAUGAACUACCAUACUCUUCGUUGCUAGAGAGCAGUGUGUAUCUGGCGAAUAUGAGUUCAGGAAGUUCAAGGCGGCCGACAGCGAAAUACACGAAAGUGGGAGAGCGCCUUCGCCACGUCAUCCCUGGUCACAUGCAGUGCUCGAUGGCAUGCGGUGGUCGUGCGUGCAAGUACGAGAAUCCGGCUCGAUGGAGUGAGCAGGAGCAAGCUAUUAAAGGGCUCUACUCUUCUUGGAUAACAGAUAACAUAUUGGCUAUGGCUCGACCCUCAACAGAAUUAAUUGAGAAGUACAACAUUAUUGAACAGUUUGAAAGAUGUGGCAUAAAAACCAUCAUUAACCUGCAGCGUCCUGGGGAGCACGCGAGCUGCGGGAGUCCGCUGGAGCAAGAGAGCGGCUUCACCUACCUUCCCGAGGCGUUCAUGGAGGCGGGCAUUUAUUUUUAUAAUUUUGGAUGGAAGGAUUAUGGAGUGGCAUCUCUUACUACUAUCCUUGAUAUGGUAAAAGUCAUGGCUUUUGCGCUGCAGGAAGGGAGAGUGGCUGUUCACUGCCAUGCAGGACUUGGACGGACAGGUGUUCUAGUAGCUUGCUACUUAGUUUUUGCAACAAGAAUGACUGCUGAUCAAGCGAUUCUUUUUGUCAGAGCAAAAAGGCCUAAUUCUAUUCAGACUAGAGGGCAGUUACUGUGCAUCAGAGAAUUCACUCAGUUUUUGAUUCCUCUCAGAAAUGUAUUUGCUUGCUGUGAGCCCAAGGCGCACACAGUGACGCUGUCCCAGUACCUGACCCGCCAGAGACACCUGCUCCACGGUUACGAGAGCAGGCACCUCAAACACGUGCCAAAACUCAUUCACCUAGUGUGCAAGCUGCUGCUAGACUUGGCUGAAAACAGACAAGUGAUAGAGGCAGAACUCUUAAACAUAGCCGAUCUCUCAGCCGAAAUUGAAAAGACUGUCUCUCAGCUGGUGUCGACACAGCUGGACGGAGACCUCGCCAGGCAGGACAGUGACACGUCCGACUCCUCGCACACCCACUCGGCUGCUUGUGACACCCAGGAUUCUCUUUUCUCCCUUGCACAUGAAUGUGAUCCUCUUUGGAAAAGGAGGAAUGUCGAAUGCCUUCAGCCUCUCUCUCAUGUGAGGAGGCGUCUAAGCUACAGUGACUCCGAUUUAAGGAGAACUGAGUUUCUCUUAGAGCAAGGAGAAACGGCGUGGACGGUACCUGCUCAGAUAUUACUGUGCAACAAACUCAAGCAGAACAGUGGCGAGGAGAGUUCUGCCACAGAGGAACAAAAGCCACAGCUUGAUUUAGACAAAGAAGAAUUAGUGCGUAAUACGUGUACAAUUUGGAGUCAAACAAAGUUUAGUUUCGAUGGACAAAAAGAUGGAUCUUCACUUUAUCAGAGAAGGAACUCUACCAAAGAAGUACAACGCAGCAGAACUUUUUCUUCAGGUCUAGCAUCCCUACCCUAUACAAGGGAACCUGGAACACCAAGGCAUAACUUUACCACUGAGAUUGGUCACAGAAAAGAACGUGAGACUCGUACAUACAGCAGAAGAGUCUACGUCUCUGAGGACUCUGAUUCUUCUUCUUCUUCUAAAGUGAACUUUUCCAUUGGAUGUGAAAGCCAAGGUAGCAAAGAUCCAUCAGAGGCAAUUCCACAUAUUGUUCUGCAGUCAGAAUUAAGUUUGGAAGCUCGAAGAAUUUUGGCAGCAAAAGCGCUUGCAAAUAUAAAUGAAUUUCUGGAAGAGGAUGAAGUGAAGCAGAAGGUAGAGAUGUGGCAGAAAGAACUGAAUUCUCGAGAUGGAGCUUGGGAUAAAAUCUCCACCGAGAGAGAUCCUUUCAUCCUCUGUAGCUUGAUGUGGUCCUGGAUAGAGCAACUGAAAGAGCCUAUUAUAUCCAAAGAUGAUAUUGACAUGUUGGCAAAAAAUUGCACAGAAUCACAAGAUGCACUUAACUUACUGAGAAAGGAACAGUGUCAGACUAUCCUUUGUAUUUUACACUGUGUGGUGAACUUGCAAACGCUACCAGCUGAUGUGGAGGAGGCCUUACUUGUUCGUGCUAUUAAAGCUUUCACUAAGACAAGCUUCGAUUCUGAAGAUGGCCCGUAUGUUUACAACACCCUGAAAAAAGUAUUUAAGCAAACACUGGAGGAGAAAAGAAAAAAGCUGAAGGAAGGAACAGAGAAUCCCUCUUGAUUUCUGCACAACGAUGCUGAAGAAUUAGAUAGCUCCACCAAAUUAUUUUGCAUUUUCCAGCUACUGUAUUUUGUGCUAUUCUGCAUGAUUUACCUAACAUUAGGUGACAGCCGUUAUUAACAAAACAUUUUAUUUUUUUAGAGGGAGUUUUGUUGUGAACUGUUCUAUCUACAUGGUUCUAAGGAGCAGCUCCUGUUUGACUGUACUGUAGCUUUUUGGUUUCUAGUCCUGUUUUAUUUUAUGAAAUGUUCACUUGUUUUCAGGUGUAUUUAUUAUUUAGAAACCUCUGUAAUUGGUAAGCUAUGCUAUGGACAAGUUACACAGUUGCCAUAAGUUCAGUGCCAUGGUACAAAAGGUUCGAAUGGACUGAGUUAAGGUUUAUGUAUUCAGUAUGUUUACAUUCAAGUUACUUGAUUUUUCUUUGCAGAAAAUAAAUACUGACUGAAAUCUCUAAACUCUUGGAGAGAAUUUAAAAUAAGAUUAAUAGUUAACAGAUCUGGAGGUCUACUCUUAACAGCAGAUGAAAUAAUUGUCACCAAUGCAUUCCUCAAAGGCAUUGCAGUAGGGAAAUACAUGACAUACUUUAAGUUACAAAGGUCUUAAUUUAGAAAUUUUUGUCAAAAAAGGCUUCUAAUUUUUUUCCUUAAUGGAAAAUAGGUUGUCUUCUUUAAUGCUUUGAAUAAGUAAUUUAUUAAACUUUCAUAGAUCUUAAGUGAAAAAAUAUUUAUCAGAUUUUAAUAAGAAUACAAUUCUGGCCGUACCUAAAUUCAGCAAAAACUUAUUUAUGUAAGUGUCAUAAAACAACACUCAAAAAUAAUCAGUGAAAAUCUUAUUAUCCCCAAUGCACUUUAUAAAGCUGUUUUCAUCUAGUAAGACAGAAAACAACUGGGAUAUGAUCAUAACUGCAGUUUUUGAUUACAGCCUUAGGACUCAGGAAGGAUUAUCAGGUUGCAGGAUUAACACUUCGUUCACUUCGAUAUAUAAGUAGCUAGACAAGAAUUUGUCAUUUUUCAAAAUAUUUUUAUUUGGCACUGCACAAUACUAAUAUUUAGAGUUAAAAGUAGACCAGUUUAAUAUAUGUAUAAGUUAUACACACUUCAACUUUUAGAUGAUUAUGUGUCAAACUCAGAGCCAAACAUGUUCUCUGGUAGAGCCAUCCUGAAGUUAGCACAAUUGAAGGUAAAACACUACAUAUGAAAUCACAUGCCUGAAAGCAGCUUUGUAGAAGGAGCGGGACAUUGAAUGCAGCUUAGCUUUAGCCAGCACAACUUAGCAGGCAGACUUGGGAAUACUAAGAUACAUUUGCAGGUGUCAUAGUUUCCCAAGGAAUUACUUCCGCUUACAAAAGCUGAACAGUUCCAAAUAGGCAACGCCAAUUCCUGGCAUGAUUCACAUGGAGUGUAGAGACCAGUUAAGUAUUGUUUAAACUGGGAUAAUUAACAAGGACUGCAUGUCAUUAAACCUAACUAGAAUAAUCAGUCUCAAGUUAAUGGCAGGUGUUUGUACUUGAAAAAUUACCUGCAGGCUGUCCAUGCAGAUGGGUACUGUAGAACUGGGUGCUUUUUUACUUAUUAAUUUUUUUUGUUUCAGUGACAAAUGUGGUUGUAAUUACCACCAAACCAACCGCACCUGAUUGACUCCAUCAUGGGGAAAAGGAGCCAAGAAUAGCCCAUCUAAAUGCCAUCAAACCCACAAACUUCAGCAGCAUCCUAUUAAGUCAUUUCUUACCUGAGUGCUGUAUUUAUUUUCUACAUCGUUUCCUUGUGCACUUAACCUGACUCAGAUUUGUGUGACAGCCUUGCAGCUGAGGGCUCUGCGUGGGCAGAUUUCUCUUCAUGCUUACCAGGAGCACUGCCUGGUCAUGCUGACAAUACGUGACCUAAACCCACUGCAGCAAAAUAGUCAUGAGCUAGUGGCAGGAUGGGACAUGAGGACCCUAUUUCCUGACCAGAACGUUACCUCAGUACCAGCAGCAGCUAUGAAGUACCCCUCUGCAAUAGCUACUGCAAGAGACCGCAUAAAACAAUCUCUAUCUGAGCCUUACUGAGUCUUGUCAGAAGUGCAGAAUCCACAAACCUCAACAAAAGCCAUACUGGAGAAACCCCUCCACUGGUGCAGUGCUGCCUAUCUCCAUAACCCUAGGACUCUUCUUUAUCUUCUCCCGCUUCAAGUCCACCAGCCAGCUCUCUCCUACCUUGUAGCAAGUUAUGGUGACUAAAAACAUCUUGCCAGAGGAGUCCUGAAUAGAAAAACAUGCAAAUUGCCCUCUGUGGUCUUCUCACUCCUCUGUCCAUUACAAACUCUCGAGAAAAUAGUUUGGACUGUAGCAACUGCAGCUUCCUCUGACACUAUGCAAUGACAAAUACACUUUCUGCAGUGUCUGCUCUUGUGUUCUGUCAUCUCAUAUACCAGUGCACCAGGCAAAGCUGCUAGGCAUCUAAAUCUGGUGUGUUAUUUUCCUGAAGCUAUAAGAGAUUCAUAUACUGCAGCAGCGGCCCAAACAGCAAAUACACCUUCCGCAACCUGGGAUAGAAAAGCUGUAUUUUGAUGCCCUAACCAGAACUAGAUUGGUUCUAAAGUGGGUUUCCAUGUAAUCAAAGAGUGGUGAAAAUUUUGGGGGGAUGGGGGAGGCGGAGGGAGGGAGGAAGCAGAGGAAGGAGCUUUUACAUACAGGUCAGCCAUCGUCUGCAGCUAUGAGUCUGUCUACUCACGCACCACCAUGGAAAAACAACUUCACACAGGCUCACUGAGCCUUUUGUUGUUCCAGCUUUCACCUCGUGGCUAUCUGCAGGGAAGUAGGCACCUUUUCUUCCCCUUCUCUGAGCUCAGGGCUUCUGGAUCUCCAAAAGCUAGGAAAGCCUUGUGAGGCGCUGCUGAAAAGCAAUGCUGUGCAGGUUGUGCACAGACUCCCAGUAGUCUGGGAUGGAGAAAGGAGAGGUAAAGGACAUAAGAGUCUGAAGCCCAGAUGAGGGACUGAAAGAACCAGGACAGGCUCCCACAGCCUCUCCAGGGUGUUUUGUGCUUUUGAGCAGAAACGCACAUUGAUGUCUCAAAGCACCAGAUGAAGAGGAUGGCCUUGAAAACGCUGAUACGUGAUCAUGGCAUACACAGCAUUGUUCUUACCUGCUGGUUUCCAUACAGAGAUGUAACUCAUGUAUUUUGGAUAAGAUAGAAAUACAGCGCAGGAACAAUGAGUUGAGAUUUUCCUGUGGCUCUUGGAUCAAAAUCUACUUAUUCUAGGUCUGGGUCUGUCAGCAUGUCAAUUGUGCACAGCUGUUAAUAAAGAAUUCUCCUAUAUUAUUCUA